AUGAGUCAAAAACCAUUAUGGUAUCGCUGGGCCCGUGUGGGUGUAGUAGGUUUUAGUAUAAUAGCAACUGGAAGUUUGCUAUUCAAAUAUACUGUUCCCACGGAUGAACAAUUGAUUGCCAAAUUUUCGCCCGAAAUUAGAGCAGAGUACGAGAGGAAUAGAGAAAUAAGACAAAAAGAGCAACAGGAACUCAUGAAGAUUGCCAGGGAGACCGCUGCAUCUGAUGACCCGAUCUGGAAAACAGGAAGAAUAAAGUCUCCGUUUGAAAAGGAUGGGAGAAAUACAGAUCCAAAAUUAGUCGACAUCGAGAAGUAUAAUAGGGAACGGGGAGACGAAUUCAAGAAACUGGAAGUCGAAAGGGCACAACAGGAGUUGAGAGAGGCCGAGGAGUUGGUCUCGCAGAAGAAAGGGUGGUUUUCUAGGAAAUAG